AUGCUUGCUCCACUGUUCUACCUGAGUGCCUUCAUCGCACUGACAAGUGCUAAUCCAGAGACAUUUACUGUGAACCAAGAGCUUGACAUCAGCUCAUGUAUCCUCACAUACUAUCAACAAACCUACUCCAAACUCUACACAAACUUCACAGAAGACGGCUUUGUGAUCUGUUUCGAUGGCUUUUUCAACCCCCAGACGAGUCAAGACUGUAUCGUUGGGCCUAAACCGAGCGAUGACCAAGUUAUUUAUACCUUGCUUCAACCAGAUUCAACCUAUGAAUCAGCCGUCCAGCAAAAUGUGGCCACCAUUUCAAACAACAUGACCUGCUCUGUUAAGUUUGAAAUAGUGGUCAAUGGGAACAAUGUUGCUAUAACUUUAUCCAGUUUUGGUUCAGAAACAGCUCUGGAAUUCUCCUCAACAUCUGAAGUCCCAAUGAAUUGUGAAGUCAAGGUCAAUGCUGGAGUAGCUGAAACUCUUGCUGCUGACACAGUGCUACCCAACGCAUACACAGACAUCAGCGGCUGCCGAAUCUCAGAGGGCGGCAUUAAACCUGGUGCCACCAAAAGUUUUUCCACAACCUGCACCACUGCCUCAUGCAGCAUCGCCAGAUCCCUCACAACCACAGGCUGUAGUAACCAGGAACGCUGCGAUGGAAACGGCGUCUGCUUGGUGAUGAACACCUGCACUGUGACCGGCCCCACUAUCAUUGACAUCCAAGGCACAUAUAACUCUGUUGGGGAUCGGUGUGUGUACACUCUGGUGCCGGAUUCAUGGGUUUCGGGUUUUGGAAUACUGGUGGAGUUCAGGGAACGGCGUCGUACAGAUGUCAGCUUUGUGGACAGUUUGACGCUGCGAUUCACGAACUUGAACACUAACAUUGUCCUGAAAACAGACGGGGAAGUCCUGGUGAAUGGCUCGCCGCAGACCGUCAACAGCACAGUCCAUAAUAUUCAGGAUAUUGAGCUCUCGAAAGACCACACUGGAGUCCUGGUCAAAAUGACGCUCUCCGGUCAACACAUUUCUGUUUCAUUUGAUGGCACCAUGGCUCAGAUCCAUGCGGAAGGACCUGCUGGAUCAUCUAUGGGUGGUCUGUGUGGAGACUCCAGCAGUUUUUCAAGUGCAAAGCUCUCCAGCGAAAGCUUACCCGGCUGUGACACCCAGUACACCGAACCAGCUGAUGCUACGAUCAACUGCACCGCGAUGACCGAACUCUGUAACAUCCUGAGAGACCCAUCCUUCUCCUCCUACAACGAGGUCCUGGAUCCAGCUCCCUACAUAACGGCCUGCAGUGAGACUCUGUGCAAAUAUCCUGCAAUGGACGGUCUCAGGUGUGAGUUCAUGUGGGCCUACGCCAGAGCCUUCAGCCUGAGAAACAACACACUGGAAGACUGGUGGCCAAAGGCUAUGUGCAAUCCUCCUAACAGCAUUUGCCAGGACAGGUUCUGCAGUGAUCACGAGUUCUGCGGCAUGAAGUACAGUGGUCUACCUGGCUGUCUCUGUAGAGCUAUUUUUGCCUCUAGUUACAAAGAGUCAAACACUCUGGCUAAUCCAGUAAUCUGCACACCGAACACUACUUCAAUCAGUCUGGUGGGUUGUCUCCUAGAGGAAAAUAACAUUAACUACACCCGCUUAAAUCUCAUUGACGAGACCUGCAAGGGUGAAAUGGACCAGGAGAGCCACCUGGUGACUUUCAGCUUUAACACCAGCAACACCUGUGGGGCAUUGAUCACGACCAACAAGACCCAAGUAAACUAUGAGAACAUCAUCAUGGGCCAGAACAGAUCUUCUAGUUUGAUCUUUCGACGUGAUCAAUUCAAUGUCCACUUCUCCUGCGCUCACGCUCACAAGGCAGAAGCCACGGCUGUGACCUUCAGAAUCAAAGACAACUCUGUGGUCCAGCAGAUGGCAUGUGGAGAAUUUAAUUACACUGUAAACAUGAAGACCUACUCUGACCCUGAGCGAACACAACUUGUGGAUCUUACCACUGAUGUGAAGCUGGACCAGAGGAUCUGGAUGCUCGUGGACACUGAAGGGUUGGAUGGCAAGAACGUUGUCAUUGUGUUAGAUUACUGCUGGGCAACUAGCCACCUAUCAUACAGCAGUGGUCUGAAACACUACCUGAUCUACAACAGCUGUGCGAACCCCAAUGACACAACGGUGUCGGUGGAGACAAACGGAGAGGAUGUCUUCUCCACCUUCAGCUUCAACAUGUUCCAAUUCGUUGGGUGCUCUGGAGACAUCUACAUUCACUGCAAAAUCAGGCUGUGUGUCCUAGAGGGUCCCGGUGCCUGUGUCCCGGAUUGUUCUGGUGGAGCUAGGAAACGCAGAUCUGCCCAUCCCAGUUUUGAACCUGAUGAUUCAGGAUUUGUCACCAUGGCCUGGAUUAAUUAGGUUGUUUCCAUGGUGAAAUGGACUCACUGACAGGCUGCUGACCUCCAUGAUGAUCCCUGACUUGUCUGGUCCUGGUCCGAACUUGGAUGUGCCAACAGAUUUCUGGAUGGAAGCAUCGUGAAGACACAGCCAAACUUCAGUCUCUGACAGAGUCUACAGCUGAUCUUUUCUCUCUCUUACCAAAGAAAGAUUUUGAUUUCUUGGCUUGCUGGAGCUAAACACGUUUUAGACAUGAAGAUUACACCAAUCAUAUGUUUUUACUUGAAAUAUAUCACCAAAUUACUGUGCAGUCGGAUAUAAUCUGGUAACUUGCUGUACUUUAAAUUAGUAAAUCUUUUUAAAAAUAUGGUAAUCAAAGUAAUUAUAAUCUUUUCUGUUUUUGUUGUUUUAUUUCUUUACUUCUUUCAAUUUAUGUAAGUUGUAUUCUGAUUUAUGAGAUCAUUUUCUGCUCUAAUUGCAAUGAGAACAUGUUCCUGACAACAGUAAACACACUUUUCUGCCUUGAUUUAAACCAU